AUCUCGACCGCAGUCAUCCGGCUCGACUUGAACUUGCACUCGAGAGAACAUCAUGCAGAAACCUCACUUCGAAAUCCGUACACUACCAAGCAAGAUGGAGCGGUUUACCGUCGUGAGAAGGCUCGCCACCACACGCACCGGCCAAGUCCUCAUGUGCACAGACCGACGGAAGGGUACCCACGUCGUCGUGAAGCGCGUCAAAGCCCGACGAACCUCUCCCAUCUCCCACGAAUGUCAGAUGCACCGUCUCCUCAUGAACACCGAAUCCAACGAGGUUGCAGCCCAUCAGCAUAUAUUGACACUCCACGACGACUUUAUCCAGCAAGGAUUUGAACACUUGGUCCUCGAGUACUGCUCCAACGGCGAACUGUUUGACGUUGUGGAACAAUUGCCUGGUGGGCGGUGUGAAGUAACCCUUGCCAGGUGCUACUUUGCGCAGAUCUGCGAUGCCGUGCAGUUCAUGCAUGGCCGUGGCAUUGCUCAUUGCGACUUGUCGUUGGAAAACGUCCUCGUGGAUGCUAAUGGUGUGCUGAAAGUGAGCGAUUUCGGAUUGUCCAUUGAAACCGACGAGCGUCGCGAUCAUGCGGUGGGCAAGCAGUUCUAUAUGGCACCAGAGAUGCAUUCUGGCGAAUCGUACGACCCUGUGUUUGCGGACCUCUGGUCACUUGGUGUGAUGCUGUUCAUCAUGCUCACCGGAAGCCCACCCGUGGAAUCGUCCAAGGCUUCCGACUCUGUCAUGAGGUUUGUUCGCCAACACAGCUGGCGAGCAUUGGUGCACGCAUGGCAGUUCGAUGAUUUGGUUCCUGAAGAUGCGCUGGACUUGUUGGAGAGUUUGUUGCAGUUAGAACCGUCCAACCGAUGCAGUCUCGCGCACGUGAUGGCACAUCCAUUUCUCCAUCCCUCCAAGUUCCCGUCGGUUUCCUCAGGCAUCAAGGACUCCUUGCUCAUCCACAAGAUCCAAAACACGCUGCACCUUGGCGAACCUGCCGACCCGGCGGCACCCAUCACAAUCGACGUGUAGUUCGCACUAGCUAUUACUGCUAUUUAAAGUCCCAUAAACACUAUUUACUGUCGUACGUGUACAGACAGCACGUUUCGAGUC